GGGGGUUUUUUUCACCAGCAGAAUUACCCCAAAAGGAAACAGUAAAACGACACGUGCAAUGCGUAGAGACGAAGAGGAAAGGAGGGUUUUUUACUCGAGACUAGAGGGACAUUUCUUCUCUUCUGAGCUCCCAGCUCCCAGCCUACGCUCUUUCUGAAUAAUUGCUUGUCAACCCAUCUUGCCAAGUGUUUUCUGAUUCAGGGGUUUGGGAAGUGGCACAAUGUCAAGUGGCCCUGGACUUGAGUCUCUUGUAGAUCAGACAAUAUCAGUCAUCACAAAUGAUGGACGCAACAUAGUGGGAAUUUUGAAAGGAUUUGACCAGGCUACUAAUAUAAUCCUUGAUGAAUCUCACGAGCGUGUUUACUCUACUAAGGAAGGUGUUCAGCAACUUGUGUUAGGAUUGUACAUAAUAAGGGGCGACAACAUAAGCAUUGUUGGAGAACUUGAUGAAGAACUGGAUUCUAAUCUCGACUUGUCAAAUUUGAGGGCACACCCCCUCAAACCUGUCAUCCAUUAGUGGACCAUCGAAGCUAUAGAGCUCUUUUUCACCCAACCCUGGUAAAAAUCACAUGUCAGGAGUAUGAUUACAAAAAUCACAUUAGAUUACUAUGGAAGAGUUCUUUUCUGUGUUAAUUGUUUUCUAUAAUGGACUGAUGUUCGUAGACCGUCACAAUAUCUAAUCUAUACUGAAUCAUUUGGUGAU